AUGAACUUUUUCUUCACCAUGAAAAUUAUCGGUCAUUUACUAAUUUGGGCAGGUUCACUAACUAUUGCUCUCAUCCCUUGGGUAGAAAGAAGAAACAUUAUAAAAAAAUACAAAUUUGAUUCCGACGUGACCUAUUUCGCGACGUGUCAUCUCUUAGGAUGGGGUCAGUGGUCUCAAUGUCCUAAAAUGGGCUCACCGAAUCUUAAACAAGUUAAUAAGACCCGCCAACUCAUUGGCGAUUGUAUGAAUAAGGAGUACAUUGACCAAGCGCCUUGUUUGUGUCCACUCGACGACUGCCCUGCUGUCAAGCUCGUCGAAAAUUUUGUGAAACAGCCGUGUUCUUCCACGGACAAGAAGACAAUCGAACAGCAAAAAUCUAUUCAAUCCAAAGACACUCUUUUCUACUCACCCAAGAGAUUAGUCCUCGGACGAGUCAUUGAUUGCUGGGCAAGAACAUCAACAGGCAAAAAUAGAAAUACCAUGACAACAAUAGCAAUAGGCAACAAUAUCACGGCUCUACCAGUCCCAUCAAAGUCGUUCUUCACGCAAAUGCAGCUUUACUUUCGAUACGCUACUACUCUUUAUUUGAAUUUUUUGCCACGUUGCAUUUAUAGAAAAGAAUCAUUCUUCGCAUAA